AUGGGAUCUUUACCAUCAGACUUACCGAAGGAAAUAUGGCUGAGUUUAUUUGGUUAUUUGGAUAGCAAGGACUUGCUUAGCUUGAGAGCGUGCUCGCAUGAGUUCAAUGAGCUGGUCAAAACCCAGUCGAUAUGGAUUUCAAGAUGCUACAAAAGAUGGUUGGAAAUAGAAAGUGAGGAUCCUUUAAUUGAACAAUCAGAUGAGCAUUCAAGGGUACGUCCAAAAGACGAUUGGUUUUAUUAUUUUAGGUACCGAAAUCGAAUUGAUACACACGUAAUGAACACGCUAAUCAGCCUUUCGAAAGGUACAUCGAGGGAAUUGGAUAACUAUGGCGAUUUGAUGGAAGGUCUGUCAAAAUUUGGCGCUUUAACGGUACCGCUGUUGCGAAAAAUCGAAUUGGAAGGUUAUAAAGAACAACAUAGCUUUGUUGUCACAUAUCUCGCUCGACAGCUAAUGCUGAUGUUACGGCAUCGAAGUUUUUUCCAGCUUAUAGACGACGCAUUUGCUACAGGUGCCAACGAAUGGGUUCAUUACGCUGAAGUAACCGCUUUUCUUCCCUUGGCAACCAUGGAUCUUGCCUUCAACCGUCUUUUACCUCACAGAAACAAGAUAUUUGCGCAGGUUAAUCUGCAAAUAGAACAAACCUUUGAAGACCGGUCGCAGUUUAUGAGAAUGCCAUCUACACUUCGACUGGACAACAUCAUGAAACAUCUCUUUCAGGCGUUGGACGUCGCCCGAGGUGAUCGACUUCCGCAACGAUCACGCUAUGUUCUAGACGAUUUCUUACUGUUAAGGGUGUAUUCAGGGGAAGCUAAGGGCCACCCGAUGCUGCUACUUGCCAUUAUACAGACGAUUUCCGCAAUGUACAAUAUUGAGACGGUACUAUGUGAGAGUUUUUUAAUUGUUCGCGAUGAUCGCAUCCGCAAUGGCGAAACGUACGUUACAAUAUCCCAAGCGGGAUACCCAAGGAUUUUCACGAGGAACAACCUCGUGGAAUCUAUGCUGCGUUCAGUGCCCGAUAGACAGGUGGUUUUAUCCUCCGUAUUGCCGAAGUUACUUCAACCGCUGAAGCUGCAAGACUUAUUGCGCAAAGUAUUCGACGAAUUUUCCCCUCAAUGCAAGAAAUCAUACUGGGAUUUGGCGUCUGAUAGAAGGAUGGAAUCUCUUUGGUCUUUGAUGCCGUUUAGCAGAGUUCCAGCCCAAUAUUUGGACUAUGAGUACUAUCAAAUGUUUUGGCAACUACGGAUGGCCUCAUCCCAAGGACAAAAGACGGCGCUGCUGGGAAAAUCGUUUCUGAGAUUCGCUACUUCUCGUUAUCCCCACGAUCGUCUUGUGCUGCAUCAUUUGAUUCACAUUGAAGAAGGUGAAGAGGAAAAAGAAUUCUCCGACACGUUUCUAAACGGGCCACAAAGCCUGCAUCCUCUGUUUGCGAGGUAUUCAGCCGAGAAAUGCAAUCAGUCCCUGGUGGGCUUUAUAGUCCAGGAAAAGAAUCGAGACCUCGUGCAAAUAGUUGUGGCCACCAAAAUGUCGCCGCGAGGUUCUCUGUAUGUCAGUUUACUGAACCCAUUUGGCGAGCUUAUGGUUCUUUCGAGCGAGGAUAUCCAAGUUAUAGAGUCUGAUCGGAUCUCACCUGAGCUAGUUUCAGAGUUAUUGCAUGGUUUGUCUUUGUCUGAACUGGGAUUAUUUUUCUCGCAUUUCGACGAGGAUACACACAAGUUUGUCACAAGCCCGAUGUACGCUGCGCACAUUGCCGUUGAGUGA